AACGAUCUUGGCGUGUCUCGGUGUGUCAUUACAAAUUUUUAAAAAAGUACAAGAUGUAUAAGUUCUUUAUUAUCGGACUCGUAGUCGCGGCGGCCGCUGCACUUCCGGCACCGGAAGCUGGUGUUGUUCAAGGUGUUAAGGAUUUGGAUUGCCUAGAACAAGAUGAGGACCUCUUCAGUUGCCUUGCUGUAAAGGCGGCUAAUUCUCUUUCGAGGGCAGCAAGAUCCAGCGACAUUCAACUCAUUGAUGGAAUUACCUUUGUCAAGGAAGCUGAUGUCCCAGUAGAACGAAGUGGAAAAUCUCUUGUAUCAGAAACUGAAAUAUUGAAUGAACUUCCCCGUGAUGCAACUGACAGGACCAUGAAAUUGGCAUCUAUGCUCUUUGAUUCUGCAAUGAGCUUCUUCAAAACUCACUCUUUGAAAUUCAGCAUGCCCGAAGGAUCGCUUUCUCGUGCUCUUUCUGAAGCUCGUCGUGGUGGCCAUGCCGGUGGUGGAAAAAUGAAGAAGAUGUUGAUGCCCUUCAUUAUUGCUGCUGGAGUCAAGCUCUUCGCUCUGGUGCCAAUUCUUCUUGGGGGAUUGGGUCUUCUCGUCUUCAAGGCCAUCGUUGUCAGCAAAAUUGCCCUUCUUUUCGCUGGAGUUUUGCUUUUCCAGAAACUUUUUGGAGCUGGUGCUAGCGGACUUGGUAAUGCAGGAAGCCUCUUCAGCAAAAAUGCUCUACCCAGCUGGGAUGCUCAAGCUCCUCAAGCAUGGAAUUCUGGUGCCUCUGCUCAACCCCAGGGUUACUACAAAAGAAGUUUCAAUGAAGCCGCGAAGGCUGACGCUCAUUCGCUGGCCUAUGCCGCGCAGAUGCCAGAAACUAAUGAAAGUAACUAACUUAAAUCCGGAAUUUGAAUUUCGAAUCAAAAAGAUGUUCUCAUUGUUCCGAAAUCGGUUUUACCUGGUAUAAAUCGGAACAAACCGACUGUUAGUUUUAGUAUUUAUAUGAAUCCUCCCUCUGUAAUUUAUGCUUAAAUUAUUUCCAUAUGUUAAAUAAAUUAUUUGAGAAUA